AGCAUGAAUUACAAAGACACAAUAGCAUAAUAAUAAUUAUGUGACAUAAUUAAAUAAAUGUAAUGGGUUCUCGUGACAGCGAGUUUCUCUCGAGUUUGGAUUCUGAACGCUCAAGCUCAAGUCCUACUACCACCCGCGAGUCAGGGCCGACGUCUCCGGUUGUUUCACCACUAGUUUCAACAUCUCGCGAAUCGCCGCCAGCCUCUCCAGGAGGAGGAAUAACAGAGUCUGAGGCAGGAGCCGUUUCCCCGCUAGUUUCACCAUUAGCUUCUCCGGUUGAAAGCGGUGCACCAGGAAGUUUUCAUCUGUAUCCACCUUCUCCUUCAACCUCAACAUCACGUGGAGGAGGUGACUUUUCAUCGUUGCAGAAGAAUCCGAAAUUCGUGCUGUCUGAAUAUCCUAGCGUUGCUGGAGGUGGAUUAGGAGAGCGAAACACGUCGGGGACGGCAAGCAAUAGAAGUCCUCUUAGUCGCUGGAACAACGAGAGCAGGGAACAAAGGGAUGUUGUUAAUUGGAGGACAACUUCCAGAUCGCUCAGUAAAGACCUACUGCCAGGACAGUACCAGUUACAUCAAUUCGUGGCACAACAUGGUCAAGAACCGGACCCUGCCCCUGCGACAUCUUCCACCUCAAACCUACUUCUUUCAAAUAUUAAUGAAGUCCAGUCGAGGACAAGAACGUCUGCGAGAUUCUCAUCAGCAUCGGGGUUCUCGUCGGAGGAAGGCGACGAGGCAACUGAGUCUGAGUAUGUGUCUUCAGCGUUGUUUCCGGGAUUCGAUCCGGCCGCAACGGAGGAAGAUGAACCAGUUUCUUGGAGAUCCGCAGCUCCAGACGAGAACAAGCACAUCGAUAUCACGGGUCGACUCCGUGAAAAAGCGUUUCAAAGAGGUACGCCUACAUCAAGUUUGUAUGGAGGAGGCGGCACCAUCAAUAAUAUGUUGCAGUCGAAUUCUGCCUUGGGAGGAGGAGGACAGCCACAGGAAAGUGGUGGUGGUUUAGGACCGACGCGGCUAGCAGUAACAACUAGUAGCGCUUCUCUUUCUGCGUCACAAUCUGCAAGUUCCUCUUCUAGUCGUGGUAUGUCGAAAUCGGCAGACGCGGCGUCAUCUUGUUCUCAUGACCUCGACGAUGCCUCGCAGCAAGAACCUACUUUGGAGGCAGUGCAACGAGCUCGAAUGAGAAAACGGCUUUUUUCCACACGACCACCCCUAGAGCCAGUAGACACAACAACACCUGCAGGAGAAGGGAUUCGUGCGGAUCCCCUGUCGGCGACGCCUGGAUUUGUAGGCGGGUCCACAGUAGUGGCUUCUUCCAGCAGCUCGAGCGGGUCUUCCGCUUCUUCUUUUCGUGGUCAAGCAACCUCUACCUCCUCUAUAGCACCAGCUACGAUCACUGAUCAACAAGGAAGGCUGUGGGCAGAGCAGCAUCGGUCGGGAGAGCAUAAAGCUAGGCAAUUCAUGGCUAACGAAUUCGUCCGUACACGGUCUAGCCUGAGACCCCUGACGAUGCCACGGAGGUCUUUUAGCCAGGUUGUGGUCGACAAUCUGAACAAAGCGCCGAGCUUGGUAAAGUAAGCCUUUUCUUAGUUUGAGCAUGUAUCACAUUUUUGGACCAUGUACUAUGGCAACAUCAGUUUUUGGAGCAUCCAUGGCAUGAAUCGCUCGUGGUCGCAUUUGUGCAGCACACCAUUAUAACAUUAUCCCAAUGACACCAUCGCACCAGGCCCUCGCCCCAACGCUCACAACGCCAUGGCAGAACGAAGUUUUAGCCGGGGUUUCUUCUGGCGUUGUUCAAGUGGUAAUAUGGAAUCCAUACGAUCGCGCGCUUUAUCUCUUAAGGCACAGAAAAACCCAACCCUUUACACAACCCAUUCUUCUCAUUCCCCUUUUACACAAGGGGAAUCCAUACUGGGUUGCUGGCGUAAGGUUGGGCUUUUCUCUUCGCUAAAUCUCUCGUCUGUCCACCAACGGCCCUUCUUCACACGCGAAAACUGGAUCCGCAGUGUCAGUGAUUUCAAUUAUGUGAUGAGAAGCAUGAAGUAGAUAGCGCAGUAUAUUCUUGAUGUGGUAUAGUUUUACUACAGUGCGUUGGGAAGUUCAACAAGGAUGAUCGACAUUAGUUCGAAGUUGAUUCGUGUUCUGCACUGUCUGCAUUGAAUUGCCAUUCUACCCAAGUUGAAUUUUAGGUUGUGUGGCUUCUUGAUAGUCUUACUGUUACCUCGUAUGGUGCAGCCGCUGUGUAGCCUUGUCCACAUGCACUGUAUCCGAAACCUAACCUGGUGCUUCGUAUCUCUAAUUCCCUCGCGGUCUCUUACCAAACCUGAUGCAACGAGUUAUUACCUACGGCAUGUACUUUCCUCUGGAGCAAGCCUGGGUCCGGAUUUUGCUUGGAUGUCUAGACAAGGGGCUAGAGGAUGCGAGUGCUUCGUUAUGGUGUGUUUUCGAUGAGGGGAGCCUUUAAAUGAAGCUCGUACGAGCACACGAGCACACGAAUACAGCACACACAUUCUACCCCAUUUUGUUCACUUCUAAUCAAAACAAUCGGAGGCUGGUCGAAGAUACUUCUCGUGGCACCACUGGCUGGACAGCUGACAGGCGCUUGCUCGGGCCUAGUGACGAACUACUUGUCACUCAUAAAAUACAAGCAAUAUCAACGCGAGGUACAGAGGAGUUUGUUGAGGUAUGAGGUAAUCGUAUUGUAGUUUUAGCAAUCUAGCCGGUUACAGUGUAAGGUCAGAGCAGUCAAAAGUAGCCGCGCCUCUACCGUUUGAAGCCCAAACUCAGGAAAUUACAAGCCCAGCUGCAGGGGGUGAGGCUGUGCAUUUUUUGCAAAAAUAUAGUCCGAAUACGCUCACAGGAUGCACGCGAAAUGAGUCAUUUUUAGGAAAUUUCAACCUCAUUUUGAGGGAUGGGCGCUCGCAAAAUUUCUAAAAUUUACUUCUUCUAACCUCCCGACCUGCAACGCAUCAUGCACACGCAAGGAACCUUAUCAAGGGGGUUAUUCGCGACCGUUUGUCGAGAUAGCGUGUUUUUAAGGCUUCUCCUGCUAAUCCAUCUCGAAAAAGCAUCUUACUAGGACUGUUCUAUAAGAGAAGAACGGUUCUUGUUCUUCUUUCAAGGUAAAAAAAUCCACUGUAGUCGAGCUCGAGAUGGAAGAUUAGGUUGAGCUCUUCUAAGAUUUGGCGGCGUUUUCACCUCACUCCGCGUCCUCUGGCAAAAUGAAGAGUAUCAAUUGGGCGUGAAUUUCGUUGCAGCGUCUCUGGCCACUAUUUGUAGUGGGCCUCUGAAUUACGCACGGAACCUGCAGUAUGCUGGUCAGCAGGGCGAUCGAAGGUUAAGGCCGCAGGAUUUAAUUCAUUGUUUUUUUCGAGGGAGGUCAUGAUUGUCUUCUAUUUUUUUCUUGAGAACUAAAUUAAUAAGUAUCUGAAGAAAUGUUGAUUGUUAUAUAUUGUUUUCAGCUCCUCUAAGAAGGACCAUUCGGAGUGUGAUGCAAGAGCUCGGGCAAGACGCGAGAGGGGGAGCAGCGGGUUUACGAGCUUUGACGCUGAAACUAAGGAUAGGUUGGGGGUCAGUCCGGGUUGGGCUGGGUAUGGCCAGUGGCAACUAUUUCUACCGCUAUUUUGAAGAAGUUUUUAAUGGGUAUCUGAGUUGGUGA